GAGAUUGGCAGCGGCUGCGGCCAUCUCCCAUGCCAAGCACUACUACAACCACACUCAGCCGACUGUCACGCAGACAGAACCGAUGCAUUAUAAUGUCAAUGUGUUCUUUGUAAGUGCGACGCUGUGUGGUGUGCUGGUGGCGGUUUGUGCGGCGUGUUGGCGACGCGCGCCGACAGACAAGCCGGAGGACACGAGUGAUUGCCGCGGAGUCUACACCGUCAGCGCUGACGCUCGAUUACAGGUUCAGAUGGAGCUGCCGGGCCCGCCGCCGGCUUACGAGACCGUCGUUGAUGAUACGACAGAUCAUAAGCCAUGUCAUUCGUUACAGGAGGUGAUAACAGAACCGUGUCUGCGCUGUCAGACUGGACGCGUCGACAGCGGUCUGCCUUCCUACGAAGCGGCGGUAUUACUCCGCGACACUAAGUUAUAAUAUGCUUUAUAGAUCUUAGGAUCACACAUGUGUGGCAACAAACAUAUAAUGCUAUUUAAAAUUAAUAUGUGUUAUAGGUAAGAUGAAUUAUAUUUAAUAUGGGGUGAGAUAUGGAAUAU